AUGCGCACCGCCGCCCUCCUCCUCGCCCUAGCGGCCCUCCCCACCGCGCUCACCCGCCAGAUCCCCGACGCCCUGCAAUCCUUCUACGACACCGUCAAAGACGGCCACUGCCCCACCACCCUCCACAGCGGCCUCCGCAGAAACGCCGACUCGCGCGCCACCUUCCGCUACUGCACGGACGACUCGUCGAACCUGAUGUGGAUCGCGGGGCCGUCGAGCCUGGCCGACAUGGACGUCGACUGCGACGGCGCCAACAACGCGCACGGCGCGUGCGAGAACGACCCCACGGGGCAGAGCAUCACGGCCUUCCAGGACGAGGUGUCGCGGUUCGGCAUCGCGGACCUCGAUGCGAAUCUGCAUAGCUAUGUCGUGCUGGGCACGGGCGGGUUUGAUCCGAGGAAGGAGGGCGUGAGCAGCUUGAGUGUGGUGGCGGUGGUGUGUGGUGGGGAGUUGUUCUACGGCGUGUGGGGAGACUCGAACGCGGACGAUCUUGUCGGCGAGGCGAGUCUGUCGCUGGCGACGGCGUGCUACGGAAACCGCAUGAACGGCAACUACGGCCACGCAGAGACGGACGUGCUGUAUCUGGCGUUUCGCACGGAUGAGGCUGUUCCUGGGCGGAAUGCGUCGUGGGACGCGAAAGAUUUCGCCGCCUUCGAAGACUCACUCUACAACACCGGUGAUGCAAUGCUAGCCAAAUACCUUCCCGUUGCGAACGGCGGCGCUGGCGGCAGUGGCAGUGGUGGUGGGAGCAGCGGCGGGAAGGGCGGUGAUAGUGGGAAUGGUGAUGAUGAGGAUGUGGGCUUUAGUGUGCAGGCUCCGGGAAUCUGGAACGGGCGAGCGCUGCCAUUCUGCGACUACGCGGCAGAGCACUGUGGGCAGAGGGGGGACUGA